AUGUGUAAUACUGAACCGCCCAAAAAAAAGGCUCGAUCUACAACUUUUUCUUCGUCUGAAGAGAUGGAACUGAUAAACAUUAUAGGUAAAUAUGCCUACGUUAUCGAAUGCAAGCAAAGUGGGAAAAUUAAAUGGACUGACAAAAAAUCUGUAUGGGAAAAAAUUGGAAAGGAAUUUAAUUGCACAAGCGGGGAAACGUUUAGGUCGGUGGAGACCUUGAAAGCCAAGUACAAAAAUUUAAAGAAAGACACCAAAAAGAAGUGUGCUGACAAUAAAAUGGAGAUAACAAAAACGGGCGGAGGAUUCGCAGAUAUAAAAAUACUUACCCCGGUGGAAGUUAAGGUGACGGAGCUAUUAGGAGGAGCAGCUGUUGAAGGAUUAAAUAAUAAUUUUGACAGUGACGCAGUGAUAAUCGAAGAAGUAGAACAGCGAGAAGAAGCAUAUGGAAAAGCUGACGUGGAAGAAUAUAUUUUAGCCGCAGAGGAAGUCGAAGGCUCUAUUGGUACUGAGAAGAACCAACCUUCGUCCUCUCAAAAUGUUUUACAACUAUCCCAGCCGAAUGCUGCUAUGCAGGAAACCGAGCCUAAUGACGACAACAACAUGCAGUUGAAGUGGUCAUCAUAUUCGCCAGCUAUGCUAAAAAGUAAAAUGCAUAAAAAAUUAGGAAAUAGCAAGAAAGCCAUGGGUACUACCCAGCCGUUGACGGGGCGCAAACCUGUACGGCUGAACGAACAGCUAAUUCAAGAAAAAAUUGGUUUUGUUAAACUGCAAAAAGAAAAUUGUUUGCAGGAGCAUGCAUUGAAAAUGAAAGUGUUGCGGCUUGAUUAUAAAAUUAAAAAAAAUCAAUUACAGAUGCUACAAAAGCAGACUGUACGUCUUCGACGACGACCGAAACGUGUUUAG